AUGUCAAUUUUGGAGUACUCUGAAGCUCUCACAGCUUGGGAAGAAUCCUCAUGGAAAAACGUCCACAACUGUAAACUGUGCCCCUAUUUUACAACGUCAUUUUUCUUUAUGGUAAAUCACGUCAAACGACACCGUUUCCCUGUGAAAAUUUUCACGUGCUUAAACUCCAAAAUUGAGACUUAUUUCUGUAAAGACUGUGAUUUUAAAACGGGACUAACGAUUCUGUUUAAACAACACAUUAAUACACAUCACGGCCUUAAGAAAGAAUCUGGGGAUGACUUGUUCAAUGACUAUUACGUACAACACUACGUUUGCGAAAAAUGCGACUUCAAAACAAAUUUUUCAUUGAAGUGGCUUCAACAUGAUUUAGUAUGUCAGUAUAAAGCUAGGUAUAAAGGAGUCAAGUGGUACAAGUGUGCGUAUUGUCCGCAUAAAAGCAAAAGAAAAGCUAAUUUAAAACUGCACAUAACCGUCCAACAUUUAUAUGUCAAAUUGCUCCAAUGCAAAUAUUGCCAAUUUCGGACUAAAGCGGAAAGUUAUCUAAGAAGGCACGUGAAGAAUCGUCACCCAGUUGAAAAUGAAAUUAGUCAUAAACAAGGCGUUGAGUGGUAUAGAUGUGAAAAGUGCCCAUUUAAAUCCAGAUUAAGAAAUAGUUACAGAAAACACCUAAAAUUUAUGCACUUGAAUGAAGAAGACGUGCAAUGGUACGAAUGUAACGAGUGUCCAUUUAAAACUAGGUAUAGGAAUUGUUUAAAAAAACACGUAAAUGCAAUACAUUUAGAGGACGAAGAAGGCAAGUGGUACGAAUGUAAUGAGUGUCCAUUUAAAACUAGGGAUAAACAUUAUUUAAUGAAACACGUAAAUGCGCUACAUUUAGAGGACGAAGAAGCCAAUUGGUAUGAAUGUGAAGAGUGCUCAUUUAAAAGCAAACAUCAAUCUAAUUUAAGAAACCACAUAAAGCGUGUCCACUCCAGAUCGUAG